AUGGGUAGAUACAGUGUGAAACGUUAUAAGACUAAGAGAAGAACAAGAGAUCUUGAUUUGAUUUAUAAUGAUAUCUCUAAUAAGGAAACAAUCCAUAAAUUAAAGAAUCAACCACUUGAUGAAACAAAACCAGGUCUAGGUCAAUAUUAUUGUAUUGAAUGUGCUAAAUAUUUUGAAGAGCAACUCAGUUUGGACAGACAUAAUAAGGGUAAGAUCCACAAACGUCGUGUAAAGGAAUUGAAGGCCCGUCCGUAUACACCUGUAGAAGCCGAAGCUGCUGGUGGUGUUAAUAUGAUCAAGUUUCUUGAACUGGUGGAGAAAUAUAAACAAUUAGAAGCAUACAAAUCCGAAAACCAACAAGAAUUUGAACAGUUGAAACGUCAAAAGAAAGAUACUUUGGAUGCUAUUAUCACUGGUAUUCCAUCUGAACAAUUGAAACAAAUGCAAGAAGAACAGUAUGGUGAUAAGAAGAGUGGGAAAAAGAUUCAACCGACUAGACCAAGUCCUGCUUCCGGAAAUGCAUCUGUUUCUGCUGGCGAAGUGGAAAUGACAGAGUAA